GUUCGCUGCGGCAGCCAUUUUGCGGCAAGGGUAGGCGCGCUUUACACCCCUACCCUGUUACCACACCCGUUUUAGGGGCUCACAACGAUCUCCGAUCUGCGAGCCUUCUCCAGCCCACAAGACUUCCUGCUGCGCCCCGAUUUCAGGACUUCCUCCACAAUUAGGCUAUUUUCCCUGCCAAGUGUCCUUUUGACCUCCUGACUCAAAGGUCAGCUCUAAGGUUCCUAACGGGUCUGAGAUGCGAGGGGGUGGGAUCUAUUCUAAAUUCUCCCAGUUAUUAGCCCAGGGGUCCUAAAUCCCACGCUUUAGGUGCCUUGCCCCAGGCCUGGGCUUUCGUGUCCCAUAAUUUCCCAAGUUUCUAAACUAGCCCAGGAAUAAGAAGUUAACUCCUACUAAGCCUCACUCGUUGAGCUCUGCAUCCCAACUCUGUACCACAGAUCUGUUUGCACAUUAAAGGACCCGUUAACCCUCAGAUUCCUUGUGAUUUGCGUCAGCUUCAAUCCCUUCUCCCAAGGUUCCAGAUUUUAGCCCUGUUUUUUUUUGCAAUCCCAACUUCAGCUCCCAGAUCAGGAGCUCAGCUUUAAGACCGUCAGACUCUCCAUCCCUGUGACCACAUUUUGGAGGAUCUGUCCCCUCUCCCAUUCUCGAUCUUUCAGCCUAAGUCACAGACCCCAAAAUGAUUUCUCCAUGUUCUCCUCCUCUAGAGCCACCAAUUCCUCCUCCUGAAACCCCUGCAUCCCAGGCCCUUAAUAUCCCACUUCCUCCCCUUACCCCAAACCUCCCCGAAUUAGCUUUUCCACCCUCGAGUUUCCAGGCCCCUGUUCCCCCACCACCUCCAUUGCCGCCUCCGCCCCCCACCACCGGGUUUGCUCCCCCUCAUGUCUUCGGCCUAGAGAAGAGUCAGCUCCUGAAGGAGGCCUUGGAGAGGGCCGGCCCAGUCCCUGGGAGCAGAGAGGAUGUGAAGAGGCUCCUGAAGCUGCACAAGGACCGUUUCAGAAGUGACCUGCAGUGGAUCCUCUUCUGUGCUGACCUGCCCUCCCUCAUCCAAGAAGGCCCUCAGUGUGGGCUGGUGGCCUUGUGGAUGGCAGGCACCCUCCUGGCGCCCCCCGGCGGCACCCCUCUGGAGAGACUCGUGCAGGUGGCCAUGGAGAGAGGAUACACGGCCCAGGGGGAAAUGUUUUCAGUGGCUGACAUGGGCAGGCUGGCCCAAGAGGCACUGGGCUGCCAGGCAGAGGUGCUCUGCGGUGGCCUUGGCAGUCCCAACAGAGACCACGUCCUGCAGCACAUUGUCGCCGGACACCCCCUCCUUAUCCCCUACGACGAGGACUUCAACCACGAGCCGUGUCAGAGGAAGGGCCACAAGGCCCACUGGGCUGUGAGCGCAGGGGUCCUGCUAGGUGUGCAGCGUGUGCCCAGCCUUGGCUACUCGGAGGAUCCCGAGCUGCCAGGCCUAUUCCACCCAGUGCCCGGCACACCCCACCAGCCACCAUCCCUGCCGGAAGAAGGCUCCCCGGGGGCUGUCUACCUGCUCGCCAAGCAGGGCAAGAGUUGGCACCACCAGCUGUGGGACUAUGACCAGGUCCGGGAUAGCAACCUGCAGCUGACGGACUUCUCGCCCUCUCGGGCUGCGGAUGGCCGGGAGUACGUGGUGCCUGCCGGCGGGGUGCAGGCCGGCCUCUGUGGCCAGGCCCUGCUCCUCCGACCAUACGACUCCAGCCACUAGGCUGCUGCGGCCCCAGCUCAGCUGUGUCACCAUACACAGCGUGCCUCAGCUUCUCCUUCUGAGUGACAGCCUGAGGGGUUGGACUGGACCUCCAACCAGAGAUUCUUCAUGCAGGGUCCCCCCGAAUCCAUCCUGGGCAUCACCCCCAACUCCCCCAAGCCCACCUGCCAGUACUGAGCACCUACUCUGGGCUGGGGUUAUAGCCAGGAGCCACACAGACCAGCUGCCUCUCUGCAGGGGAAAGACUGACAACUGCUGAGACCCCAGGACUUGUCCAUCCCCCACCAUCAGUGCUGCACCCACCCAUUUCUGGAUGCCAACCACCCUCUCCCUGCACCCCUUGCUGCCUCCCAGUGUCUUCACGUCGAGCAGGGGAAGCCUUUUAAAACACGAACCAUGGACUUCCUGGCGAUCCAGUGGUCAAGACUCCGUGCUUCCAUUGCAGGGGGCACAGGUUCUGAUCCCUGGUUGGGAACGAAGAUCCUGCAUGCCACAUGGUGUGGCCAGAAACAAAAUCCAAACACAAACCACAUUUCACCACUGCCUUCCAGAAAAGCUUCCAGCACCUCUUGUAUGCUCCUCAUGCAGCAUCCUCCUGGAUACUAAACUCACCCCAGGCUCUUCCUUCUCACACUUUCUGCCACCACUGCCUGUGGUCUCAGGUGCCUGUGGUGUCCGGUCCCUGCACCCCGUCCUCCGGUACAACUCCUGAACUCCUCAGUCCUGGCUGCUUGUCAUUUCCUCAGGGAAGAGGCCCUCAGGCUCAGCACCUCUCCCACCUGUGUUCUCUCCUGAUUUAAAAAGCAAAAGCUC